UAUUUUGUAAUUUCUCUUAGACUUUAUUUUAUUUUGUCAAAUUAUUUUGGUGUCGAGGUAUCGUUCUUGCUUUUAAUUUUUAUUCAUCAAGGUUCGAGCCCCUUUCGGUAUUUUUAUUUUUCUUCUUCUCUUUUUCGUCUCUUUUUACAUUUUCUACUUAUGUUAGACUUCUGAAGAAAAUUAUUUCUUGCCUCAACAACAAUGGAAAGUCAAGAAAAUGAAAAUUCUAAAAGGCGAAUAUCAAAGCCUAGAGUUCAAUAUUCACCAGUUACUGAAGCAAAGCGAAGUUAUACAAAGAAGACAAAGCAAAAAUUUAGCGUAAAACGUUUAAAUAGUUUGUUUAAUGAUUCUUCAUCAACCUAUUCAACGAGAGAAAGUUCGGUAGAUGAAUUUUUUGGUUAUGAUGUUUUGUCUCAAUUUGACUUGAGUAAUCAACUUGUAUCGAUGAAACAAAUAGAUUUUGUUUUGCCUCCAUAUCCAGACUUGAGGGAUUCUCAAGAAUUAGAUUUGGGGGUUGCUGAACAUAUUGAAAAUUUUCUGGAUGAACAAGAAGAGAUUAAAUUGUUGGAAUCAAAUUUGUUUGAAAAUGAUCAUGUGGUAGAGCAAAUGGAAAUUACUCAAGCGGAAGCUGUCGAACAAAUGGAAAUUGAAGAACCCUCCACUUCUGUCUUACAAUUACAGCAUCAAGAACCUCCCGCAGAAGAAUCAACAUCAUCUUCACAACAACCAUACAUUGAACCAACAAAUUCAACUUCUUUUCCAGUCGAAUCUGUGGGUCAAAUUUCCCCCUCGAAGCUUGAACGUCCUCCUUAUCAUUCAAAAUUGAAAUUAAAAAUAAAAUUGCCUAGAAAGCCAAAUACAGUCCAAACAGCAAUUGAUAAAAGGACUAGAAGACCAACCAAAUUUUCCGAAGAUUUUGUUUUUACUCCAUUAGUAAUGCAACGGAAAAGCAACGAUGCACUAAAAAUAAAACAGAAGGCUAUAAUUAAACAACAAGAAUCAAAAGCAGAAAGAAAACUUAAACGAAAGGAACGUCAAAAAGCCAUCUCUUCAUUUGUCCCUUCAAUACCGCCUACUAUACCAGAAGAAAAUCAAAGUUCUCAAGUAAAACCAGAACCUCAGCCGGAGCCGAUACCUGUUGAGAGAGAACGUUCUCUAAAAAUUCCUGGAGUUUCUUACGUUCAAAAAGAAUUUUUUUCAAUGAUGGCUGACAGAAAACGAUUAAAUCCUUUCUCAAUUGGAAUAAAAAAAUCGGAACAAUAUAUUUCUGAUUAUUUUUAUAGAGAAAUGUUUAUUAGUGAUUCUGACAAUGAAACUGAAAAAGACAAGGAUAAGAUUGAAGAAAAUUUGGAUGAAGAAAUAAUUGAUUGUGUUGGUGGAGGGGUUGAUUUAAAUGAAUAUGUUAAUGAUGAAGUGAUUAAAAUUAAUCCGGCUGACGAAUUUGCAGAAGCUGUGUGUUCGGUUAUGAAAAAUGCUUCUUAUUCGUUUGAGGAAGGAGAUGAAGAUUUUUUGAAAAUUGCUAAUGAAAGAAUGUAUUUAUUGGAAGAAGGCACCAAAGUAGUCUUAAAUAUACUUUUAAAAUAUAUUAUUGAACAAAGACAUGUUGAUGCUUUUGUGUUGGGACUAGCUGGAGGUGCUUCAAUAUUUCAUUCAUUAACUAUGAAAAAUGCUAAUCGUCUUAGAGAAUCACUUAAACUUUAUAGCAAGUCAAGUCAACAAGCAAUAAUUACAGCUCAUAAUUGGCUUUUGAAGAAUUUACCAGUACAUUUUAUUGCUUCCUAUUUAAAUUUACUUCGAUUUCUUAAAGCAGCGGGAAGUAAUUUAAGUGAUCAUAUUGUUCGUUUUAGCGAUGAAAAUUGUAUGUUAAUUGCAAAUAAUUAUAUAAAAGAUUUUAUUGCACAAAAAAUUUAUGAACCUCCAAUGCAUCCAAAUUAUAAACCUUUGGAGUAUGGCCCAAUAAAUAAUGUUAGUCUUAUUCUUGUUUAUCCUCAAAUUACUGUAAAGACGUCUAAACAUUUUAUUAGAGCACAUGAAAUUUUGUUUAGACAAUUAUUACCUCAAAUUGUUUGUUGUGUUGAAAAAAUAGAAUUACAUUUUGAUGUUAAUUGGACAUCAAUAACAGUUGAAGAAAUUGCUUGGAUGUGUAUUAGAUUAAUUAGAAAAAAAGUUAGAGAAAUUGUUAAAAGACGGCCAAAUGAUCAUAUAUUUUUAGCUGGUUGGGGAACUACUUGUUGGCUAAAUCAUAAAGUUAUUUCUAAAGUUUCUGGUGUUUCUGGACUUUUAAAUUUUGCUUUUCCAACAGAAAGUGCUUGUGGUUCUAGAGGGGUGAAUUUUUUUAAUUUGUUAAUUUCAUUUUUUUGGUGGGAAAAAUCUUUUUUUUCUAUGAGUUUUUUUGAGUUUUAA